GUUGGGUCACUUUCAAGAAGCCCCUUGUAACAUGUUAUAGAUUGCACAAAAAGCUCAAUCUAACCAAUGCACCAUGGCCCCACAUAUGCUUUUCUUGUAAGAAAAUAGCAGUUGUUAUUACUUAUAUAUGAUCAUAGGAGAGUGGGCUUAUACCCAUAGCAUGGGAAGCCAUUGAAAUAAUUAUACCCACUAUCUCGUCACAAUCGACGCUUGAAGAAGCAACACGUAGCAUCCGUACCCAUCGACGGCUGAAAUUUCUUUAUUUGUCCGCCCGUUAGCCAAAUCCUCUGUUUGCACAGUAGCUUACAGAGACUCGAAACUUUUUUCUACAACUCAUUUAGCCGUUUGCACCUCCCUUCCGCAGGAUCGAACCCCGGUCGUUCGCCCCUAAAAAAUAAAACAAAAAAACCCUAGGGCUUUUCUUAACGGCCAUGGCUAACGAAGCUAAUGGAAAGAAAGAGAUGUUGGUGUUUACAGAGCUGCUGGAUUCUGUGAUAAUUGACGUGGCUUCCGAGUGCCACAGAGCGGCGCGGCUGGGGCUCGAUCCGAGGCUGAACGUUGAUGAGGAGGAGGAGAUUAGGGUUUCCAUGGAGGCCAGGGCCAUGGCUGAAGACCCAGACAAUGGUGGUAAAUACACUGUCGAUUUGUUUGGACAGAGCCAUCCUGCUGUGGCCAGUGAUAUUUUUAAUUGUAUGAACUGUGGGAGGUCGGUUGUGGCUGGUAGAUUUGCUCCUCACCUGGAAAAAUGCACGGGGAAGGUAACGAAUUUCUUGAGUCGUAGGAUUUCUUCUUUCAUAGUGAUUGGCAAUCGAUUGGGAGUAGAUGAUGAUGUGCAGUGAGCUAAGAUGACCAGAGAACAGUACUUUUGUUACUUGAAAUGAUAAGUUUGUAUAACUUUGUAUUCAUCAUAUUCAAUUGUUGUAUUUAUUUUUCAAAAAUUCAAUGAAUGCUAGUUUGCUUGGCACUCAAUACUCUCAAUUAGUUCUUGGGAAUUGAAUGAACAUGUCUUGAAUGGGCUCUGGGCAUGAUUCGAACCAGCAAUAAUCACUGUUCAAAAAAUGAUUGCUGAAAGUACAUAAAUGCAGUUUCAAUGUAGUGAAACACAUGAAUGAACACAUGCUAUAUUUCAAGUCUUUUUAUCUCAAUAUUAUAUUUGUUCUUUGAAUGUAUGUUUGAUUUACAGCUUUACUGAAGCCAUGAUCAUUGAGGCCAAUUUUACUUCCAUGAAGGACACUAUUUAGUACAUUUAUUUUAACACGGUUUAGGAAUGCACUUUAUUUAUUUUUUAUCCUAAGGUCUAAGUUGAUUUUGGCUGAUUGGUGGAUAUCCUCAAAAUUUACAUUUGAAGCAGUAAUAACGCUAUGCUUUAUUAGAAUUAUAUGUUAUUUACAAUGAAGCUAUGAAUGACUUGAAAAUAUGAUCUUAUAAGAGACGAACGAGCUAUUCGACUAAAUUUAUACAUGUUGAUAGGAUACUUCUAGCCUUCAAAUGUUGUGUAUCGAGCACUAGACUAUUGCUUUUGCUGGACCAUAAUAUCUGUAUUUGUUUCCAGUUUUUAAACUAGUUAGCAUUAUAUUCUUUUUCUUUACUCCUUGGGGAAUUUUUUGAUUUGUAGAAGUUGAUUUUCCAUAUUACUUUUCAGACAUUCUAAUCAUCACCUAUAAUAAAUCAUUUGAAAGUAAUAUAGACCUUUGCUUGAAGCUUCGAAGGUCUCUUGUAACUAGCACUUUAAAGCUUAAGAGGAAAUACUUAUUACUAAUCUUAAGAUCAACGUUGGGGUUUUGCAGCUUCGCUAAGAGAACUGGGUUUUAUCUUUGAAUUUUUUUUCAGGCUGGUUGCAUCUUUCAAGCAUUCCUGAAACAAUUGAGAAACUAAAUCAGUUGUAUACCAUAGAUAUUGUUGUUUAGAACUGCUCUCUAAAUUUUGUUCCAGGAGUCAUAGCACAUGAUUUGAUGAGGCAAAUGCCAUUCAUUCCCAAACUUUAAGGAUCUAUAUUACAUAAAAUUGUUGCUGUUCUGAUCAUUUUCUAUUGUGAUAAAGUCUAAUCAUUACACAAUUGCUACAUGAAAAGGUCUCAGGAAUCCCGGAUUUGCAUCUACAAGCCUUGGGAACUGUGGUGAUGUAUUUGUCCUAGAUAUGUUGUACAAAAUUAUGUUAAGAACUGGCCAUUAAAAACCUUACUUAUUUUUAACUGGUAAAUUCCCUUUGGGAUUUCGUUCAGCCUUAGACGCCAUGACCAAUGAUUGUCUCUUCUGUCAAAUUCACCCAGGACUUGCACCUGGUCUUGUCUGCAGGGGUAUGCCACACACAGAAUUGGAUAUGGUAUUUUAUUUGAUUUUGAUAUUCAACAUUUGUACAUUUAAGCAUUUAACAUAAGAUGGCUCCUCCCUAUGAAAACUAUGAUGAUAUACCACUCAAGCUCAUCCCAUUUGAACAUUCAAAAUCUUUGCAUCUAAUUGUAUGACUUGUGAAGUAGAACAGUAAGUUCUCAAACUGUAGCAAUCAUAACUCUUUUAGUAGCAAUCUAGGUAAGAUUUUGUUACUACAUUUGAAUGUAUAGAUUCAAGAAAUAGUCGAGUCAAUCUGGUCAGUAAUUGCCAGUAAUCUAUCUCAGCAGUGCAACUUUUGCUUGUACAAUUACCUCAGAAUAAAUAUCUUCUCAUUGUUUUAUUAACGUUUUGUAAAGCAGAUUUCUUCAAUGCUUUCUUAAUUCUUCUUGUUUCAAAAUUUUUUGGUCGUUGACCAUAAAAUCUCAGGCUUCACAGUAAGUGUACUUUAUUAGAAGGGAUUUUUUUAUUGAAAUUUAAUUUGGAGAAGAUGGAUUUCAUGGUACAUCUCUUUGCAUAUGGCUAGAUUAAUUGAAAAAGUUGAAGUCAUUACUGGACAGUUUGGUACUGUUUUUCUCCAACAUCAUUGGAAAAUAUGUCUUAUGGGUUAAAACAAUGUCUGCACAU